AUGGGUCUGCGCCUGUCCCAGAAGUUCGUCUUCUUGCUCUUCCUCUCGGGUUUGGUCACGCUGUGCUUUGGAGCCCUUUUCUUUUUGCCGGACUCCGUUCGACUCAAGCGCAUUUUCCUGUCCAAGACUGAGGUCCAGCCGGUGACCGUCGGCUCCGAGAACGAUGUCAGGGAGCACCUGAAAAGACCCAAGGAGCAGGAGCACGCGCGGGGCAUGACCCCGGCCAAGGCAGAGACGGGCACCAAGACGAAAAGUCUGAGCCACAAACCCUCCGCGUCCCUGGAGGAGACCGAGGCUGGGGCCAGAGCGCAGGAGGACCAGACUCUGUCCAGGCUCAGAACGGAGUCCGCCUCGCAGAGAGCCACCUCCACUGGCCACCAUGACGCCAACUCGGAUACUUUCAGUUUUAAGAAGUUCCAGAGGUGCCUCCUCAAACCUCCACUGGGCAGAGACGACGGCAAGCCGGCCGACCCAAAAACCAACGAGCGCCGGGACAAAGUGCGAGAGAUGAUGAAGUUUGCGUGGGACAACUACAAGCUGUACGCCUGGGGCAAAAAUGAGCUGCGUCCUUUGACAAAAAAUGGACAUAUUGGCAACAUGUUUGGAUUUUGA